AAAAUUAGCCAUUACAUCGUUACACUCUAGUCUAGUAAUCUGAUUAUAUUUGUGAGGAGUAUGAUGAUGAUAGCAGUGGGGCUUAUGCUCUUGCUUGCCACCGUUUCUGAUGUGGUGAGCGAGAGCAAUGGACCUCAAUGCCUAGAGAAAGAGAGAGAUGCUCUCCUCAGCUUUAAGCUUGUUGUACAUGAUCCUGACGAUCUCACCUAUUCCAGGAUCAAUAAUAGCACCAACCAAAACUGUUGCAAAUGGAGCUACAUCAUUUGUGACAACCAAACCAAUCAUGUCAUUGCCAUUGAUCUUAGUGGUCCUGAAAUAGACGUCUUCGGUGGUGAGAUUGGCACUUCCUUGCUUGAGCUGAAAUAUUUGUCCCAUUUGGACCUUCGUGGGAUGAACUUUAGUCGGAUUCCCAAGUUUAUGGGCACUUUCAAAGAGCUUACAUAUCUUAAUCUUGGAAGGAAUCCUAUCACUGGAACUGUUCCUCCACAGCUUGGAAAUCUCACCAAAUUGGAAUUUCUUGAUCUUUCAAGCACUACUGAUCAAAUGAUUGUUGGUAAUCUUGAUUGGCUCUCACAUCUCACCUCUUUGAGGACCUUUAGACUGUCGGGAGUGAGUUUUACUAAAGAAGAGCUACAAUCCAUCAAAGGGGCACCUAGCUUAUCGACCUUAUCUAUAUCGAAUUGUCUACUUCCCAAGGAGUAACGUGCAGCCCAAAUCCGCUCUUGGUGAGGUGAUGGAGAAAAGCCUGGGUCUCAUAAAGGUUUUCUCUUGGCUUUUUUGCAAGGGGCAGUAACCAGAACACAAUUUUGAUGGAGGAGCUGGUGAUUAGUUUCUCCAUGUGUUUUUGCUUUGUUUGUUCUUCAGUGUGUGUUUUUGUUGUGUUGUUUUGGGUCUCGAUCUGUUUUUGAGGUCAAGAAAUGUUUCUGUAUACACUUGAUCAAGGCUCUAACGUUAGAUUAUGCUAAUGCUAUAGUUUGUUCAAGUGUGUCGACAUCA